AAUGAGUAUCCUUGGGGUAAAGAUUCGUUUAGAGAGUUGGUUGUAAGCAUCGGGGCGAGAAAUAUCUUUGGUUUUAAGAAAUAUUAUAGGAUUCAUGGUUUGCCGCUUGCUAUGCAAGUAUGGUUGUAUGAAUGUUGCUCAAAAGUCCCGUCCACCAUUGCAGUUAAGACGGGGAAUUUAAUUCCUAGAAUUUUGAACUGGCGAACUACGGAAGGAAAACCAGAAUUCAAGAAAUUGAUGGAUGGCAUGUUCAGAGACGAUAAAAAUCCGUCCUGUAGAUUUGAGGAAGUUGUGCCAACACCCCAUGAGUUGGAAACUCUUAAAUUGCCUCCUGUUGCACAUGACAUACCAGACGUCAAACAUGGAGUUGAUGGUGUACAUGAUACUGAUUUGGUAGACGAUGAUUACGAUGAUUUUAGUACCACACCACCGCAUCUGUCCAGUGGCAAACAGCAACAAAGGAGUGCCAAUUCUGAUUCCCCGCGAGGCAAGAAACGGACGCAGUUUCCAGUUUCUGUUCCUCCUUCCAGGAAACAACCAUCACGGAAGGAAUCUGGGAUAAAAGGGACAAGGAAACAAGAUGCACCUACAGCACCCCGAACAGAUGAGUUUAACCUGAUAAGGGAAGAGAUUCGGAUUUUCAAGAAAGAAGUGUUUGACUACAUGGAUAACUACUUCAAAAAGUUGUUAGAUGCAAUAAAGGGCAAUCAAACACCAGAUAAGGUCGGCGACACAAUGUUAAAAGCUGACUUACAUAGUGAUGGUGGGAUUUAUCAAGGCAAUCAAAGUGGCGGUACAGUAAAGCUUUCAACCAAAGAGAAUCAAGGUGGUGGUGCCACUUCCGCGCAGAGGAGUCAUCCAGUGGUUGAGGGAGUUGGGUUGCCAAUUAAUGAUCCGGUUUCUGUUGUUGAUGUGGAUAAAGAAACCGGAGUUAAAAGUGAUGCACAAACAGAUGGAGUGCCCAUAACACCAAUCCAUUUAAAUUUUGAUAUAAGUACUGAAAUGUGGCUUUUAAGUACUGAAAUGUCGUUUUGA